CCUGUACAAAGGUGGGUCUUCUCGACUUUCUUAUCGAAGCAGGCCGAGAUUGUACAAACUCUUCUAUCUAUCACUGCUAUACACACUCUUCAUCUACACAGCAAUGUACACAGUCACAUGAUGCUCUAUCAUAUCUAAAUAAUUACAUACAAACUGAUUGAUCCAAAUACUCUGGG